UGCUAGGCAAUGUGGUUGUGUUAAGGGGAACCGUCUGUUCUGACAGCAGACAAUACUAAAUCGGUUCCUUGUUUAAUUUUUUGUUUAGUAUGGAACCGAUACUAGAGUGAUGAAGGGCUUAGCUUUUUUGCUUUUGGUGGCGGUUUGGGUUUGCUGUGGUGUGGAAUAUGGUUGUUCCACGAGGGCGCCGGUGUCAGCUAGGUUUCCUUUAGGAGCCAUAGGUUGUCUCUUCACCACAAGGAUAUGUGGGCCUGGUCAAGAGUGCGUUGAUGAUCGCUUGUUUGGCACAUGUCAAGACAGAGGAGAUUCUAAGGAAUUCAGCGAAUACCCGCUGGAUCGCGAGACGCUCGAGGAUCUGGAGACGCAGAUAUUGGUGCUUAUAGAGGAUGGCUUCUCUUGGAGAGAUGCUUACACACAGUGUAUGCUGCAGAACAUUCUGGUCCAUGGACAGAUCCAAAACUUUGACAAGGCUCUUUGCUCCAGCGAAUCAGCAUGGGCCCAAAACACUGAAGACGAUAUUUCCAAUGUCCUACAAAAGUUGUAUAACUAUUACGCAAGCCCGAGUGGACGCCCCACCGAUCUGUCUUCAAUAGACAGCGCGGCUGCUCUGGAAUAUGUUCCCGAUCUUGGCUCGCAGAAACGUGAUGAAUUUUUGAAAAUCCACAAGUAUUUUGAUCCGUCGAAAUCAAAUUGGAAGCGACGUGUUGAGGAGAAUUCGGAAAAUGUCCCACCGACUUUCCAGGACUACCUCGUGGAAAGAGAGGUGGAAAACGUUCUUCGGGACACGAACCGUGACGUGCUUGACUACGACAACCUAAGUGAUGAUGAUGUGACAAAACUACGGAUUUACCUUGAGGCGCUGCAGGAGGCCGCACACAUCAAUGGGAACAGCAACGACGAUUAUGAGGAGGAUAGCGAUUAUGAGGAGAAAGGUGAUUCUGAAUUGGACAGUGAGUACCCAACCAGUGAAGAAGCAGAAAACUCCAACUCUAUUGAGAUGGAUGGGUCAGAAAUGCCGGAAUCGGAGACGGAAGGUGCAUUCUGGUCAAGCCCUGGUGUCGUGUACCAAACUUCUCCGGAAGAGGAAGGGAUAUGGAGAGAUGAGGAGAAGCCGCUGCCGGGUGUGGACUUGAGCAUCCUGGAGACCAAUUCUCCUGGCAACACUCUCCCAGCGUAUCCAGAGCAGCCAGAGGAAGUCCCCGCCCAGCCUGGAAUACCAAAACCAGGGGAAAAUGUUGAAGAAGCAGCCAAUCAGAUUGCAGAGAAUGGCCUCUCCCCUCAUUAUGCGAAGCUGUUGGCUGACCUAUUACAAAAUGACCUUGACCCCAGCAAAUUGUCUAACAAAGACCUUAACCAGCUGACCAAGGUUAUAGGCACGCUGCUGAGGGAUUUGACCGAGGAAGACGAGAGCCUGAAGGCUGAGGGGGAGGGUGUGGAAGACAUGGACCCAGGGGACAACCUAAGAUCUCAAGAUGAAGUCCUGGAGUCCCCGGCACAGACUCAGUCCCAGUCCUCAGAGGAUGAGCCAUCAGGGGAGGGGGAAGAGGAGAACACCCCAGUGAAGAAGGCAGAUACCCCAAUGUCCUAUGAUGUCCCAUCUAAAGGAGAAGAGCCUGAGCCUGCUACAGACAAGCCUGCAGAUGGACAGAAAACUCCCGCAGAGACCCUGGGGGUGGUGGAUGCCACCUUUGUCUACGUCACUGUUGACAAGGACGUGAGUCUGGAGGAAGGGAAGAAACUGGUGGGAUCUUUGGAGACAGUGUUGGGAAUCCCUCCGCAAUCUUUGACAGUCACAGACGUACAAGAUGGCCGUGUCACGUUUCGUAUCAGCCCUGAACUGCUCAAAAUCUACAAUGCCUCCAGUAUUGCCAAGGUUGCCGGCAGCAAGAAAGGUGACAUUGCCAGGUUGACGGGUCUGAACAUCGUCAGUGCUGGUAUAGGCAGUCAGGAUGGUGAAGUGAAGAUCGAGGUUCUUGGAGAUGAUGGGAACUCACCCAAAUUCUUUGUGCUCACCUUCGUCCUGUGUGGCUGCAUCGCUGGCGUCCUGAUUGCAGUGGUGGUCAUCUACCUGGUGAAGCGUCACUCGCGCUCCAAGGAUAAGCUAGCUCAGCUAGCUUCUGAGGGGAUAGGUGCCGAGGCAUCCCAAGAUUACCAGGACUUGUGUCGUCAGCGCAUGCAGAGCAAGACCUCCGAGAAACCUGAGCCUCUUCACGCAGCUGGUCGCAUCGGCAGCGUCACCGAGUCGCAGGUGCGCAGUCCUUCAAGUCGCAGCAGUACCUCAUCCUGGAGCGAAGAGCCGGUUACAUCCAACAUGGACAUCUCAACGGGACACAUUGUACUGUCUUACAUGGAGGACCAUCUUAAGAACAAAGGGCGAUUAGACCAGGAGUGGGAAGCCCUGGGGGCAUAUGAGGCUGACCCCUGCUCCACCAUUGUGGCGAGUGACCCCUCUAACACUAGGAAGAACCGUUAUGCGGACAAUCUCCCCUAUGACCAUUCUCGUGUUGUGCUCGCGGAUGCCUCCAAUGUGUCUGGCUCAGACUACAUCAAUGCCAGCACCAUUACUGACCAUGACCCCCGAAAUCCCGCGUACAUUUCUACCCAGGGACCCUUACCCCACACAGUGGCUGAUUUUUGGCAGAUGGUUUGGGAACAAGGGAGUGUUGUAAUUGUGAUGCUGACCAAGCUGACGGAGAAUGGUGUUGCUAUGUGCCACAGGUACUGGCCAGAAGAGGGCAGCGAUCUCUACCACAUCUACGAGGUGCACCUGGUGUCUGAGCACAUCUGGUGUGAUGAUUACCUGGUGAGGAGCUUCUACCUGAAGAAUCUGCAGACUAACGAGACCAGGACGGUCACUCAGUUCCACUUCCUCACCUGGCAAGACAACAAGGUGCCAGGCUCCGUCAAAGCGCUUCUUGACUUCCGCAGGAAAGUAAACAAAUCGUACCGUGGUCGCUCUUGUCCAAUCGUUGUCCACUGCAGUGACGGCACGGGAAGGAGCGGAACAUACACUCUGAUUGACAUGGUUCUCAACAGACUAGCUAAAGGCGCAAAGGAAAUUGACAUCGCUGCCACACUGGAGCACAUCCGUGACCAAAGAAUGGGGAUGGUGAAGACUAAGGAGCAGUUUGAGUUUGCCCUGGCCGCAGUGGCUGAAGAAGUCCACGCCAUCUUGAAGUCUCUGCCACAGUAAAGCCGACUAAGUCAGCCCUUCCAGGAUCAGAUGAAUUCCACACACCACAAUGAGACCUGCAGACCAAAAACUAGCUGGUGUCCACACUGAUGUCUAGCUGGUGUCCACACUGGUGUCUAGCUGGUGUCAACACUGAUGUCUAGCUGGACAUCCAAGUCGAUCACGUAGAACACUGCAGAGGAACGGUGUCAGGCUUCCGAAUCACCCGAUGGAGUGCAUGACUUCAUGAUAGAGAAAAGACAAAAGUUUAAUUUUUCUCCAUGGAACUUAAUCCCAACAGUCUGCAUAUGUACAUGUAUUUUGAUCUAGAUUAUAUUUCUCGGCGUUAUGUACUUACUGUUCUAUUUUCAAACAUACACAUAUAUACAUCUAUAUAUAUAUAUAUAUAUAAAUAUUUAUUAAUCCUGUUGUUAAGUGUUCAUGUGAUCCUGCAAAAUAAUAGAUAUAAAUUGUUACAUAUUUGUUCAUGACGCUGCUCUUUCAGAUUUAACAGUCCAUGCAGUAAAAGGGUUAUUUUAAAUGCCAUUCAUGUACAUUUUAUUUUCACAACAAAGGCAGAUUAUACCAAUUUUAAGAAGCCAUUCCAGAGCAAAAAAAAUAAGGUGUUGAUUUUGAGACACCAUUUUUUGUUUUAUUUUGUGUUCCUUAUCCAAAACAUUCCUCACUCUAUUGCAGUGAAUAAAUACUAAUGCUUAUAGAGGAAAGUAAUGUAAAUUAUUAUAAUUAAUACAGCUGCAUAGAACAAAAUGGACAGCUGGCCCAGGACCAUGUAUUCUUAUCAAACUAUCGGAGAAUCAUUCAUUGAAAGACAAAAAUACAUGGUCCGGCGUGAUGCAUAAUUUCAUGGAAAACAUAUUUAUUAUGGCUUUACCAAGAUUUGUUUUAAUGGCUUUUUUAGAGGUUUUCUUUCGUUUCUUUUUUAUUCUUUGAGUUGUAUGAGGACAUUUUCCUUCUACCUUUAUAUGUAUACACAUGCCAUUUUGUGGUAGCCUUUACAAAGUCAUUUGUGGACUUCUUUUUAAGCUUUAAUGUGCAGUCUAAGUUUCGUAUCAUGGCCUAUCUUCACCAUGUAGGUGAAGAUGCUGUGGACAACAUUAUGUGCCCAGGGCAAACAUUUACAUAUACAUACACGUCACCCGUGACUGAACAGUUCCGAAGUCCACACUUCUGUAAUGUCUGAGUUUCGAUGCACUGAAGAACAGAAACUUGAAAGCGUGACAGAAAUACACGUUUCCACAUUUACGUUGCGUGCUGCAUGCACUCUUUGUACAAAUACAUGUAUAUGCUCUGUACACAGAGUAGAUUCCAUGGGGUAUUGAAGACUCUUCCUCAGUUCUGAUCAAACAAAUUAGCUGAUGUAAUAAAUGGACUGAUAAAACAAAAUACAGUGGGUGAUAUAACUAACUUAUGAAGGACUUAUUUUGCAGAGGUAAAUUGUUCCCCCCCACCCUAGUCAUGUUAGACGUGGUUUUUUGAGAUAUUGUUGAUCGUUAUAGAGUUGGUAGGUUAUGAAGAAUCCCCGACAUCUCGGAAAGUCUUGAUAUAUUCGUGUUGGUAUAUAUUGUGUAAUAAUGUGCGAACCCUGUGAAUGGAUGACAUUUACUUAUUUAUUGAUUCUAUCCAAAACGUUACAACAUUCCUGGUAGUUUUCGUUGUUGAUGGACAGCUGUAUGUGAGAGAUUUAAGGACAUUGAGGUCCUCCAUUGCUCUACCUGCUGAUGUAGAGCUCCACUAACUGUGUUAUUUAUCGUGAUCGUGUUCUUCUGGCCUGUGACCGUGUCAGGACACUUACUAGACAAAAUGUACGACAUUGAAAUAAAAGAAUAUGAUGUCAAACUGCAAGCC